ACAAACCUACAACCUUCCUGAACAAAAUAUGAAGCUUGCUCACAUCAAUGUCAUCAUUAUUUUCUGCAGCAGUUUCCUACUGAAAACAGGAGCACAACUUUCUUGCUCAAAUCAAUGUGGGAAAUCUCUGACCGACUGUUCUUGUCAAACAACCUGUGAGUCCCUGGGGAUCUGCUGCCCGGAUUACUGGGAAUUCUGCCUGAAUAUCUCUCCUUACUCAGGAACUCUGCUGGGUGGAAAAGAUUUUACUAUUUUAAAUGUGACCUUUGCUGCCACAGCUGAUGUGAAAUGCAGGUUUGAAGAGGAAAUUGUCACCAGUGGCUACAUCGCUGAAGAUGGACGCGCUCACUGCAUCUCCCCCUUGCUCUACCAGACUGGCAUGAUUAGCCUGGAGAUUUCCAGCGACGGUGGGCAAACCUUUCCCCGCUCAAGUGUGUGGUUCUCAGAUCACCACAGCAAAGUUGAGGCUUCAGAAAAAAGCGCCUUGGUGAAUGAAACGCAGUGGCAAUACUACGGCACUCCUGGGACUGGGGGGACUCUGACGAUGACAUGGAACAACCAGACCCUCGGAGUCAGCCAGGUCAACAUAGAGCUCUGGGGAUAUCAGGAGACAGGCGAGCCCUACUCUAAGAACUGGACUGCAGAAUGGAAGUAUCUGUACACUCUGAGAAAAGACUUCCCCAACACGGGCGUGUUCUCUUUCCUCCCAUCCCCCUCUGCCUCCCACAGUGCCUGGGAGCUGGGAGCCCUGAGGAUUACGUCAAAUGACUCUUUGGAGGGACAGAGCAACGUGGCAGCCAUCUGGAGCUCAGAGCACGCCUUGGCUUGGCACCUGGAGAAUGCCUUCAGGGAAGACUCCGUUGCCUGGGCAACUGCUAAGUGUCACACCUGGGAUGCCCAAGAGAUGCUCCUACCCAGUUUCCUGACAGAGAUUCUGGACUGUCCCUGCACUUUGGCACAGGCCAGGGCAGACACAGGUCGAUUCCACACAGAUUAUGGCUGUGACAUGGGAAAAGGAAGCAUUUGCACUUACCACCCCGGAGCAGUGCACUGCGUGAGGGGCAUUCAGGCCAGCCCAAGCUAUGCUGCUGGGCAGCAGUGCUGCUACGAUGUUACUGGAGUGCAGGUCCUCACUGGAGACUCUAGCGGGGGGAGCACACCUGAUCGUGGGCAUGACUGGGGGGCUCCUCCUUAUAAAAAGCCCCCCCGUGUCCCUGGCUUCUCCCAUUGGAUGUAUGAUGUCCUCAGUUUCUACUACUGUUGCUUGUGGUCUGACAAUUGCUCCGCCUACUUCAAGCACCGUCCCUCCAGUGACUGCAGGCAAUACCGCCCCCCAAGAGCAGCCUCUGCUUUUGGAGAUCCUCAUUUCAUCACAUUUGAUGGCACACGUUUCACAUUCAAUGGCCUUGGUGAAUACACCGUGUUGGAAUCGGACCUGACUUCCCUGCGAGUGCAGGGGAGAGCCCGCCCCGCAUCCCUGAAUGGAACGGAGGCAAAGGCAACGGGCUUCUCUGCUAUCGCUAUGCAGGAGAACAGCUCUGAUGUGGUUGAGAUGCGCCUUCUGGAACAUCCCUCGAGCACCUUGGAGGUGCUGUUGAAUCACCGGGCUCUCAACUUCUCUGAGCAAACGUGGAUGGACCUGAAAGGUCUCUUCCUCUAUGCUGUCCCUGGGACAAGUGCUACAGUGAUGUUCUCCUCAGGAGUGGGAGUAGAAGUGAAAGGAACUGGACGGAUGCUGAGCAUCACCAUUUUGCUGCCAGAGAUGUUCCUGAAUCAUACACGAGGUCUUUUUGGCGUCAUGAAUGGCAAUCCCCUGGAUGAUUUUACCCUCCGCAAUGGAACCGUCCUUCCUAGCAGCAGCACCUCUGAACAGCUGUUUGCCUUUGGUGCAGACUGGGCCAUUAGCAACACGACAUCACUUCUGACAUACGACACACAGUACUUGCUGCACGACUUUUUCCUUGGACCAAAGCACAAUGUCUCCUUUGAGCCGGUGUUUUCUCCCCCUGAGGACCCAACGGACCCCCUCGCAAAGGACAUGGCCUUGCUCUGCCAGUCAGACCCCUUGUGCAGGUUUGACGUCCUGACUACCAGAGACCUCGCAGUGGGAAACAGCACAAAAUGGUCUCACCAGAACUACAGGAGCCUCAAAGAGAAUCUGCAACCAGUGGUUUCAUGCGGCUGGCUGGAACUCCCCCCAAACGGCAGUAAAAACAGCACAAACUAUUUAGCAGGCUCAGUCAUCCAAUUCCGGUGCACUCCUGGCCACACCCUCUCUGGAUCAGCAGAAAGAGCAUGCCAACACAACGGGGAGUGGUCUGGUGGCCCCGCUACUUGCUUGCCAAGCACAGGAGCCAAGCGACAGCCUGCCUUGGCAGCCAUGCUUGGAGCCCUUGGCUUUGGGGCUCUUGCAGUCCUCCUGUUCUAACCUGGUCCUCACGUGAAGGAUGCUCAAGGAGUCCUGUAAGCCUCCCCUUGUGAAUGUGCUUUGGAAGGGGCAGCAUGGAACAUGUAGGCUGACCUGCUCUGUAUUUCUUGACAAUUUGAUGAAGCUUAAAUUGUGAUUUCAGUUGAGUAACUCAUUUCAAACAGUAAUACUUGCGCCAGUGACA